CUGGCGGGGCUUGCUGGGAUCAUGGCGGAGAAUCACUGCGAGCUGCUGCCACCGGCCCCGGGCGGCCUCGGGGCGGGGCUGGGAGGCGGCCUGUGCCGGCGCUGCAGCGCGGGGCUCGGCGCCUUGGCCCAGCGUCCCGGCAGCGUGUCCAAGUGGGUCCGGCUCAACGUCGGCGGCACCUAUUUCCUCACCACUCGGCAGACGCUGUGCCGGGAUCCGAAAUCCUUCCUGUACCGUUUGUGCCAGGCCGACCCCGACCUGGACUCGGACAAGGACGAAACAGGUGCCUACUUAAUCGACAGAGACCCCACCUACUUCGGGCCCGUGCUGAACUACCUGAGACACGGGAAGCUGGUCAUAAACAAAGACCUGGCCGAGGAAGGGGUAUUGGAGGAAGCGGAAUUUUACAAUAUCACCUCACUAAUAAAACUUGUCAAGGACAAAAUUAGAGAGCGAGACAGCAAAACAUCACAGGUGCCGGUGAAGCACGUGUAUCGUGUCCUGCAGUGUCAGGAGGAGGAGCUCACACAGAUGGUCUCCACCAUGUCCGACGGCUGGAAGUUCGAGCAGCUGGUCAGCAUCGGCUCCUCCUACAACUACGGCAGCGAGGACCAGGCCGAGUUCCUGUGUGUCGUCUCCAAGGAGCUGCACAACUCGCCGCAUGGCCCCGCCAGCGAGCCCAGUGAGAAGGCCAAGAUUUUGCAAGAACGGGGCUCAAGGAUGUGAGGAACAGUGUUGAAGCUGAAGAGACGUUUUACCUUUUCCCAAGAUGCAAUGAUCCGCCAUGUCGAGGAAGCUUGGCCGUGGAAGAAACGUGCUUUUGACAAUUUCUCUAGAGAUUUGGGUGUGAAUGCUUUUUCUGCCUCUGAGGUGGGUGGUGAGAGACGGGCCCAGCUGUCCGAAGCCGGGCAUUGCUGCGUGCAGGCGGCUUCUGCUGCGUGGGCAUCUCUGCGGGGACCUCCGCUUGGUUUCCCAAGUGCCGCUCGGGCCCGAGGCAGGGCUCCUGACUGACCCUUACAUCACCGAAGAUCAUUUCAAGGACUGCGUUCUUGGUGCUACAUAAACAGUCUGUAACGGAGCCUGGACCUCGCUGGUAGGAGGUGGGCACAGGGCCCCGGGCUCUGGGUGCCCCCGGCCACCCUGGUCCUUGGGGCAGGGGGUCUGCUGUGCCUCGCAGACGUGGCGGCUUGGUGGUCUCUCCCGACCUCCGCGUGUUCACUACUUCCCGGGCCUGACCCGGCCCAGCCAACCCAGGCUUCUCCGUUUGUAGUUUCCAGACAAGAGACUGUGGCGUCCUUUCUUUCCCAGUAUGGACAGACUGCCAGUGCUUUCACUUCCUAGAGACACCUGAAAGUGCUGCUGCCUUUUGGGCAGAUCUGUUAGGUCAUUUAAAGGGAGGUACAAGUUUUGCCUCAUCUGACCCGCCCGGGGGCGUGGGGGCAGCUGGCGCCCGUCAGUGCCUUGGUCUCGCCUGGGCUGGAGGGCGGGGCGGGAGGCCUGUCCACGGGCUCCUGGAGCUGAGACUCCAGGCCACGCUGGAGAUCGGGUGUUUACAGCGCACACGGACGUCCUUCUGCCGGCUCGCGCUCUCUCGUGUAACUAUGCAGUUCUCUGACAUUUCUGGGGCGCUGGGGAGGAGCCUGCACAGCCUGCCCCCGCCUGACGCUGGAGCUGCUGGAUUGGAUUCCUUUGAGGACGGCUGUCCGCACGCUUUGAGAGCUGACCUUCCCCAGCGGGUCGGGGGUCCUGGCUGUCAGGAACCUGUGCCCCCAUCCCAUCCAGGCGCUGACCUGCCUGGCUCCAGAUGCUACCGGAGGCUUCUCGCCUGCCCCUCUUCUUCUUUGCCAAUAUUACCUGAUGAACCAAGUUCUCCAGCACUAGGACUUACCUCCUUUUGUAAGGUCUGUUGUGCGUGGUUCAGCGUUUGGCUUCACACCAACCUUUCCAUAGGGCACACUCGGCCCCGAGACCCGCCCUCCCCGCGGAGCCUCGGGGACACCGUGGGGCGCUGCUGAUUGCUUCGCGUUGUUUGAUUUGUGACCUUGACAUAAAUAGAUAGGCUUGUGGUUUGUUUGUUUUUUUUUUUAAUUUAAAGAUAUUAAGACUUAAUUCACUAAAAUUUAUUCUAAGGGGAUAUUUAUACUUUUGUACUUUUUUAGGUAUCCGUAUUUUAUCAGCUUACAGUUUAAUGCCUAAGUUUCCCCUGAAAAUAGCAAAUAAAAUUGUGUAUUUAUGACUGAGCA